ACCUCCGCCCUAGUCUUCUUAUAACAGCGAAAGAGUGAGAAUGUAGAGAGAGAAACAGAGAGAGAGAGAGGGGGGCUCGAGAAAGCAAAACCUAUCACCCAAUCUUCACGGAACGCAGAAGGGUCGAAAGCAAAAGAAACUGAUAUCGAAUCAAAGAAACUCUCAUCGAUGAUUUCUAGGGUUUCUUUUUCUCUCUACUCUUGAAUCAUAUUUAUACCUCUGAUCAAUCCAUCGGACGACGGAAUCACAAGAUUUAUUCAUAUACAAAAACACACACACAUAGACGCACCAUAUCACAUAUAUAUUGGUAGUUCUUGUCAUGCGAUUGGCUCGGUCAGCUUCGGUUGCGAAGCGGCAUAAGAAUCUGCAAUUGGGUAUUUCUAGGGCUCGAAAGAAGCACAAGAGGCUUGACGCAAUAUGUGAAAAGGCAUAUACUCGAAGCCAUCGUGGUGUCAAAGCUGAAUCAAGUGAAUGUAAUGUUGGAAGUGAAUUGAGUAUUAAUGAAUCUGAGCUUCGUCGAAGUACAAGGGUUCGGAGGGCUCCAGUAGUGCUCGAUGCCUCGCCCCCGCCUGCGAGGAAGAGGGCAAGGUUCCAUAGAGGGAAUGGAAGUGAUUCUGUUGGAAGGGCGAAGAGGACUGAUGGGAUUAAGACUGAUUCGACUUGUUCCACUUCGAAGGAUAUUGAGGAAGAACAAGUUAGUUGGACGUCUAGAUUGAGAUCUAGGGCUAAAAAUGUGACUUUUGGAGUGAGAGAGAAGGGGGAUUCAUGGCCAAGGGGUAAAAGGAAGCUUUUUGAGGAUUUGGAUGGGCUUGAGAAAGAAACCAAGUUGGAGAUUGGAGAUUUGGAUGACAAGAAAGAGGGACCAGAAAGUGGCAAGUCAACGGUUGUUAAGUCAAAGAGGCCGGGUAGAGUUAAUGCUUCAAAUGUUUUGAGGAAUGCACAUCAACAGAUUGAGUCACAUGGUGUUGAAGAGGAUGAUAAAGAGAAUAAUGAAGUGGAGGUGCUAGAAAGCAAUGGUGGGGAGGAUCCCUUGCAUUUAAAGAGUGGAGCAGGAUGUGGAAGUGAGGCGGAAGUAAAAGAUGGUAAUUCCAUGCAGUUGGUCGAGAAAGAGGAGGGUGUUAUUUCAACUGUCUCAGGGUUAGAAGGUUGCGUUGGCAAUGAGAAGGUGGAAGCCAUGGGCCAGGAUAAGCAGGUGGAAGAAUCAGAAUAUGUGGAGGGAGGAAAUCAAAGUGAUGCUAUAGAAGUUGGCGAAGUUCCCACUGACCAAGCAGAGGAUGAAAGAUGUCAUGAUAAACCUCAGGAGGAUGAGAAUGCUUCACAGUUGGAUAAGACAAAUUGUGUUUCAACUUAUGCACUUAUCAAGCCACGUGUAAAAGAGGGGAGAAGAUGUGGUUUAUGUGGGGGAGGGACAGAUGGUAAACCUCCAAAGAAGUUAGUACAAGAUGGGGCUGGGAGUGAUAAUGAGGCAUAUAGUGGAUCUUCAGGUUCUGAGGAAACCAACUAUGACAUAUGGGAUGGAUUUGGCGAUGAGCCUGGCUGGCUUGGACGCCUCCUGGGGCCCAUAAAUGACCGUUUUGGUAUUGCUGGAAUUUGGGUUCAUCAACAUUGUGCUGUAUGGAGUCCAGAGGUUUAUUUUGCUGGUUUGGGAUGCUUGAAGAAUGUUCGGGCAGCACUUUGCCGAGGACGAGUAUUGAAAUGCACCCGUUGUGGGAGGGCAGGGGCAACAAUUGGAUGUCGUGUUGAUCGGUGUCCAAAAACUUACCACUUGCCUUGUGCACGAGCUAAUGGUUGCAUUUUUGAUCAUCGUAAAUUUCUCAUAGCCUGCACAGAUCACCGGCAUCUCUUCCAGCCUCAUGGGAGUCAAUAUUUUCACCGGAUAAAGAAAAUGAAAGUUAAGAAAAUGAAGUUGGAAACGAGAAAGCUGUCAAAUGAUGCUUGGCGGAAGGAUCUUGAAGCAGAAGAAAAAUGGUUAGAGAACUGUGGCGAGGAUGAAGAGUUUUUGAAACGUGAGAGCAAGAGGCUUCAUCGCGAUCUAUUAAGAAUUGCGCCUGUGUACAUUGGAGGCUCAAACUCUGAAAGUGACAUACCUUUUCAGGGUUGGGAAUCUGUUGCUGGUCUUCAAGACGUCAUCCAGUGCAUGAAGGAGGUUGUCAUUUUACCAUUAUUAUAUCCUGAGUUUUUUAGUAAUUUAGGGAUUACUCCUCCUAGGGGUGUUCUUUUGCAUGGAUACCCUGGAACAGGUAAAACUCUAGUAGUACGUGCAUUAAUUGGUUCAUGUUCUCGUGGUGAUAAACGGAUAGCCUAUUUUGCUCGCAAAGGUGCGGAUUGCUUGGGAAAAUAUGUCGGUGAUGCUGAACGCCAGCUGAGACUUCUGUUUCAGGUUGCUGAGAAAUCUCAACCAUCCAUAAUUUUUUUUGAUGAGAUAGAUGGUUUAGCACCUUGCCGCACUAGGCAGCAGGAUCAGACUCAUAAUUCAGUUGUUUCAACUUUGCUCGCUCUAUUGGAUGGCUUAAAACCUCGCGGUUCAGUUGUGGUGAUAGGUGCAACAAAUCGUCCUGAUGCUGUUGAUCCAGCUUUGAGACGGCCUGGGAGGUUUGAUAGGGAAAUUUAUUUUCCUCUGCCAUCAGUCAAGGACAGGGAGGCUAUUCUCUCAGUUCACACACAAAGGUGGCCGAAGCCGGUUACUGGUUCAUUGCUCAGUUGGAUUGCGAAAAGAACUGUAGGCUUUGCUGGUGCUGAUCUUCAAGCUCUUUGUACUCAAGCAGCCAUAAUUGCCCUGAGGAGGAACUUCCCCUUACAAGAAGUAUUGUCUGCUUCUGGAAAGAAAGCUUCACAUAGCAAACGUCCUCCUCUUCCAGCCUUUACUGUGGAGGAGAGGGAUUGGUUGGAAGCUCUUUCAGUUUCGCCACCUCCAUGCUCUCGAAGGGAAGCAGGGAUGGCUGCAAAUGAUGUAGUUUCCUCGCCUCUUGAAACCCAUCUUGUUCCUUGUCUGCUCCAACCACUGUCAAAAUUGCUCAUUUCCCUUUAUCUUGAUGAACGCCUCUGGUUGCCGCCUUCUCUUUCUAAAGCCGUUACUUUGAUCAAAAGUGUUAUGAUUUCUACUUUGGAUAAGAAGAAAGUGGAGAGUGACCACUGGUGGUCCCAUGUUCAUGAUUUGCUUCAAGAAGCCAGUGUUGCGAAGGAGAUUGAGAGUUGCCUUUCACGUGCCAGCAUUGUUAUUGGAGAGGCUAGUUAUGCUGGUUUUGAUGAUUUGGAUGCCGUUACUGACGCCAACAGUUCCAAAGUGCUGCAAAUGGGUGCCCGCACUAGUUUGUUGCGAAAUAUAUCUUUUGGGCAAGGAAAGAAGUUGGGAUUCCGGGUACUGAUAUCUGGAAGUCCCAGAUCUGGCCAGAGAUAUCUUGCUUCUUGCCUUCUCCACUGUUUUGCUGGCAAUGUCGAAAUUCAGAAGGUUGAUUUGGCUACAAUUUCACAAGAAGGACAUGGAGAUCCGGUGCAAGGUUUAACACAAAUAUUAAUGAGAUGUGCUAGUGUGGGGUUGUGCAUGAUAUUCAUGCCAAGAAUUGAUUUGUGGGCUAUAGAAACAUGCCAUCAAGUUGGCGAAAAGGAGAGCGAUUCUGAUUCAACAAACCUAGAACCAUCUGAGAAGAAAUGUUGUUUUACACACAGUGAUGUCGGAAAGGAUAAGAGCUCUAGUUCGAUGGUAUGUGAAUCAGCGGAGAUGAGGGGUUCCCAAGAUGAUAUCCAAAGAACCUCGCAUAUCUGGAACUUAUUUAUUGAGCAGGUGGAGUCCAUGUGUGUGUCUGCAUCUUUGAUGAUUCUGGCUACUUCAGAAGUGCCAUUUUCAUUACUCCCUCUUAGAAUAAGGCAGUUCUUCAAGAAUGACAUACUGAAUUGCAAUUUUUCAAUUCCCUCAGUGGGCACAGUACCCCGAUUCUCCGUGCAGGUUGAUGGAAAAUUCAACCAUGAUAUUGUAAUUGAUUCAUCUGCAGUAGAGUUAUCAAAGGAUUUAGUUCAACAGUUUGUUCAGUUGAUUCAUCAUAAAAUUCACAUUCAUACGAGUUCACGCAAGGAGGACAAAGCUUGUGACACCUUUGAAGGGGAUGCAGAUAUGGCAUGUCACAGCACGGAUCCUUGUUCUUCCAGUGGAUAUGGAAGGAAAACAGAGUGUCCUGACACUUCUGUUACGAAGGUUCCACUUCCUCCUAACAGUAAGAGUGCGAAAGGGAAAUCAAGCUUGCUGCUGGCAAUAUGUAUGUUUGGCUACCAAAUUCUGAGGUAUCCCCAUUUUGCUGAACUCUGUUGGGUGACAUCCAAGUUAAAAGAUGGUCCCUCUGCUGAUAUAAAUGGACCUUGGAAGGGUUGGCCGUUCAAUUCCUGUAUUGUUCGUCCUAAUAAAUUGUCAGAGAAGGUAGCUGUUGCUUGUACCUCCAGCAAUAUCAAAAGCAAAGAAACACCUGGUUUAGUUACAGGCCUAAUUGCUAUUGGUUUAUCGGCAUACAGAGGUAUGUACACAUCACUGGGAGAAGUUUCCUGCAAUGUUCGGAAGGUUCUGGAGCUCCUAGCUGGAGAGAUUAAUGACAAAGUUCAGGCUGGGAAGGAUAGAUGUCAAUUUAUUCAUCUUUUAUCACAAGUGGCUCAUUUCGAAGAUAUGGUUAAUAGCUGGGCAUACACACUAAAGAGUUUAGAAGUAGAUGCACAAAUGGCAGUGGCAAACCCUAAGCUACCUUAUUUAGGAUCUCCGCAAAAUUAUAAUACAUGCGAGGAUAAUCGGCUUCAAAUUGAUGGCUGCAAGCCAAAUGUUUCUAACAAUGGUUUCCAUGAACCUGAAGUGCUAGAAGAAGGCACCCAGGGGUUUGCUGCUAAAAAUAUUGAAUGUGUUGAUUUAAACAAAGGAGAUGGCGAUUUUGGUAAUGCAAAUUCUGAGGGUAGAGUUGCAGAUAUAGAAGGACCUGCAGAACAAAUGGUAUUACACCAUUCUACCCCUGAUAAACCGAAUGGUAUCAAUCCUGAACCAUGCAGGUCAGAAAAUCCAGGAUAUUAUACAGGUUCUGAUGGAGGCAUUGGGCCCUUGCAACAUUCUAACGGAAUUGCAUGCACAGAUUCUGUAGUCCUUCUGGAGGAUGGUCCCUGUGGUUCAGUUAAUGUGGAUAGUGUUGAGUUUCCUAGUUUCACAAAAGAAGAUUGCAGAAACAAUUUGUCCAUGGAUGAAACUAUUACUGCAUCCAAGGAUGGCAACCCAAUAUCUGAAGAACUAAAUAUAGAUGUCAAUCCCUCGUCAAACAAGACUAGCAGUUUCUCUUCCGACUCGAAGGUUGUAUGUUCAUAUAGUUGUUGCUCUGGGUGCCUAUUCAACCUCCACAAUUUGAUGCAGAAAUAUCUCAUCCAUGAAUGGCGAUUGAGAGGGAUUGAUUGGACAGUAGAGGAUGUCCAUGAUGGUGUUGCAUCAUUAUCUGUGAAUCUUCUUGCAGCAAUAAGGAAAUUGUGUUCUGCUGAAAGUUCUGCCAAUUCAUUUGACAAGAAACCGGUGCAUGGUGAUAUUGGUAAUUUGUUUGAAUAUCAAGAAAAGUGUACGUGCCAAUGUAAAAGUUCAGGAAAUAGAUUAAUCAUGCCAACAGAAUGUAGUUGUCAUUCAAGAAGCGAGAGUAUAAUGCCAGAAGCAAAUUCCUCUUGGAAUGCUCAGCAUGGGUUCAAUUUGAAAUUCAUAUACAGAGACGGUGUAUUGGCCCCGGUAGACCCUGAUGAAGAUGUCUCUUUUCACUGUAAAUUCGAGACUUUAUGCCUUUGUUCUCUUAUAGAGUGGAUAGUAAUGACCAAGCAGCCUUUAAAUUGAUGUGAUGUUGUCACAGCUUUGAUUGGCCUCAUCUUGUUAGUAAUUUUUAAUUUCUUGCGGAAUUUAGGUGAGAAACUUCCAUCAAGAGAUGUAAAUCAAAAUUUUGCUAUGUGAGUUUCACUUCAACCGAGUUCUUCCUGUUCUUGCUUGAGCAUCAAUUGAAGAGUUGCUUUCCUUUGUUUCCCUUGCAAAGCGUUCCAAGUUUUGCUUUCUUGAAUUGAAACCAUAUGUUGUGCCAUGUAACUAGCAUUUGUGGUUUUUUCAUCUCUUUCAAUGAAACUAUACAUCUUACAUUAAUUUCUUUCA